AUGGCAAAUUUACCAAUCAUAGGUAUUUACAAGGUUUUGUACAGUUAUGAGCCGGAACCAAUCGAUCCAAAUGAACAAAUUCCAGAAACAGAACGAGAAUUGUUCAUCGCGGAGGACGAAAUUAUCUGUCUUCUGCAAAAAGGUGAAGAUGAUUGGUAUUUAGUCAAACGAAACGUCAAUAGUCCUGACAAAGAUGAAGAAACUGGUAUCGUUCCUUCGAACUACAUUGCUGAGGAUGAACCCUCAGCAAGGAUGAAAAGUCUUUAUGAUUAUGAAAAGCAAUCAAUAGAUGAGGUUUCGUUUCCAGCUGAUCAGGUGUUGGAUGCUUACGGAAGCAUUGACGAAGAUUGGGUUUUGACAAGAUACAAUCAGCAAUAUGGCCUUGCCCCAAGGAAUUAUCUUGAACCUUCAGAUGCAUCUGCUUCUACAUCGGCGCCAAGUGUCUCUGCUCCACCAGCACCGGCUUCUGCUGUGGAGUCUCAACCACGACCUUCACCUUCGCAGCAAACCCGUCUUCCUCAACAGCAAAUACAACAACCACCACCACCACCAAUACCUCCUAUUCAGUCACCUACAUCCGCUUCCUCUCCUCCUCCACCACCUCCUGUCCCUCCAUUACCUCAAGACUAUUCAUCACCAUCAUCUAAUGUGGCUCCUGCCGAAGAAGAAGACUUGUCCGACGUUGAUGAACCUGAUGACUAUUAUACUUCAAACAGAGAGCAAAAGGUUCCUCCUACAUAUACACUACCACAGACCGAGACUUUACCACCACCGCCACCUCCUCCUGCACCUGCCGGACCUGCGAAGUCUGUUUCUUCUCCACCACCACCCCCUUUACCUCCCGUACAGCCUCCAAGGCCUAGCGUAAGCACUUCUACUGCUACCGCGACUUCACGACGAUCCAAUGUACCUUCCUCUCCCACUUCUCCAUCAGACGCUUAUGGAGAUCCUGGUCGACAUAUUAAACUUCAGCCUGGAAGGGUUCAAGAAGAAAGCAAUAUGGAUAACAAUAUGUCCUUUGAUGAUCCUGCUUAUAGGAAAUGGGAGGUUCGUGAAGUAGUCGGUAAGAAGAAGAAGCGUACUGGGAUUCUCGCUAUCAAUAACAGAUCCGUCGUACUUACCUUCACAAAGAGCAUGGAAAAUGCGGAAAUCUUUUCGGUUACCGACCUGAUAAAUUAUUCUGCUGAACGAAAGCACGUUUUUGUUGAAUAUAAACGAGAUGAGGGAAUUAGCUCCUUACAUUUGCAUGCUAAUAGCAAUGGAAAUGCUGAUAGCAUCAUUCGUACUUUAGGCGACGUUGCUGGAUCCACUAGAGCAGCUGGUCUUCGAGAAAUUGCUGAAGCUAGUGGCAAACCUAUGCCUAAUCUGCCAUCUGAUUCUGCCUUGUACAAGUUGAACGAGGCUUCUGAAAAAUCUGGUGCUAAUGGUGGAAGAACUGGUUUCUAUGAAGCUUCCACUGUAUACAACAGUAGUAGGUCACCUGCUGACGAAGGAACAUCGGCUGCUCCUUCGGGUGCCGAAAAAAUGGGUACCAUUGUUUAUGGAUUUGAAGCCGAAGCCCCUGAUGAGUUGACUGUGAGUGUAGAUGAUCGAGUUGUUAUCAUAAAUGAUACUGCUAGUAGUGAUUGGUGGAAGUGCCGUUUAAAUGGUAAAGAGGGUGUGGUUCCAGCCAGUUUCGUCAAGUCAGAUGCUUCAAUUAAUGAGAGGUCUGCUUCCAAACCUUCCACUGGAAACUUAUCGAGAAAAUCUUCUCGACACGAACAAAAAGAGGAACCAAAGCCUGAAAAGAAGGAUACUCACAGAAGAUCUCGUAGUCAUUCUGUCGUCAAGCCUGAUGUUACGAAACUUCGUACUUGGACCGACAGAACUGGUGCUUUUAAGGUUGAUGCUGAUUUUUUGGGUUUUAGUGAUGAUAAAAUUCACUUACAUAAAUCGAAUGGUGUGAAGAUUUCUGUACCAAGUACGAAAAUGUCUUACAAAGACCUUGAUUUCGUGGAGCUUAUGACUGGCAAGAAGGUUUAUUCCCGUUCUGAACGGCGCAAGGAAACACAUAAGGAACCCCGUAGUAAACACGCGAAAGAAAAUGAUGAGGAUAUUCCUCCACCACAGCCUGCUCGUCCUCAAAGCAGACCAACUUUAGUUCCUCCUAUUGGCACCGAAGCUAAAGAUAAAAUCGAUGUUAUUGAGGAGAGACCUAGAAUUACAUACGACUGGUUUGACUUUUUCCUUCGCUGCGGUGUUGAUUUCACUGUCUGUAACCGCUAUACCCGUAAUUUUAACAAUGAGCAUUUGGAUGAAACAUGUAUUCCUUCUUUGACGCCUGAAAUGUUGCGGACUUUAGGUCUUAAAGAAGGUGAUGUGAUUCGUGUCAUGAAGCAUGUGAACGAACUUAAUGGAGUAUCUUCUAGCCCUGCUGUUUUAAGGCCUUCUGUCGCAGAAAUGAAAUCUCUGUCUCCAUCUUCAUCUACUCCUGAAGUGCAAAUGCCACAGCCCACACCCUCCAGGGCUUUGAAUACCGAGCCUGCGAUUGCGAUGAAUCAACAAUUUGAGGAUGAUGCCUGGUCAAAUAGACCUAUUGAAGAACCUACUAUCAGAUCGUCUUCAGUUCCUCAACACAAAACUCAACUGGAAUCGGAUAUGCAGAAAAUGGGUUUGUCCGAAAAACAAAAGAUUUCUGAGCCUGCUCCUCGUCCUUCAUCGGUUCCAACUGCAAAGGUUUCUGAAAAGAAGGUCGAAGAUAACGAAAAAUCAUCUCAGCCAUCUCUAGCACCGCAACCUACCGGUAUUACCAUUCAAAAUGCUUAUUUUACAGCUCCACCCCCGACUUAUUCAGACCCUUUUCAAUCCCCUCUGUACGUCCAACCAACAGGGUUUCAACCACCUGCCAGUGCUUUACCCGCUCAGACUACUGGCUUCCAAGCUCAAAUGCCAGUAUUAUCUAUGCAGACAACUGGACAUCAACAGCCGAUGGAUUAUAUAGCUUCUCAACCUACUGGCAUCAAGACCCAGCCAACUGGAUUUCCUGCUCAACCUACUGGGAUGCAAUACCAACCAACUGGCCUGAAUAGUCAGAUGACGGGUAUUGCAAUGCAGUCAACUGGAAUGCAAUAUCAACCAACUGGGGCUAUGCCUCAGCAGGCUAAAUCCGUAAUGCCUCAAAGCACUGGUCAACAACAUGAUAUUAUGUCGAACAUGCAAGGUCAGAGGAUGGAUUUGGCAUCUCAACCAACCGGUUUACAAAGUCAGUAUACUGGUUUUCAACAACCUCUCACCCCCGCUCCUAUGCAACCGAGCUACGGGUAUAAUAUGCAACCUAACCUUAAUGACCAGUCAAUGUAUUAUAAUGUUGCGCCCACUCCGUUUGCAUAUGACCAACAAAACAUGUACGCACCUAUGGAUCAACAAGGAUAUUAUGGAACAGAUAUGCAAGGUCAAAUGGGGAUGCAGCAACCUUAUAUGCAAAACUACUAUGAUCCUUCACAACAAAUGGCCUAUGGUUAUGAUACCAAUGGGUAUGAUGCAUACGGUGCUGGAUAUGGAUACGGUCAGCAUUAUGGGGGUACGCCAAAUGAAAUAUCAAAUGAUCCAGUUUCAAAUCCAGGCUUAUAUAUGCCUUCAGGCUACGAAAACAUGCAGCAGCCAUCUGAUUACUAUCAACCUUCUUUUACUGCAGUAGACCAUAACGAAAAUCCCAAUGCCAGGAAAGCGAGUAUAACUCAAGCUACGCCAGAUAAUCCAUUUGGAUUUUGA